AUGUACAACGGUGACUCGACGGGCAGAGAGACGGAUGCCGUUUUGGAGAAAGGCGCUUAUACAGGGACGGGCAAUAGCGAGUACGAUGGGCAGGACAUUGUAACGGGGGAAAGAAGCAUUGUGCGGAUAAGGGAGGGGAUGCCGCCAGUAGUAGGUGCAGAGAAGGGCGUGCCACGUGGCGUGGUGAUAUUGGUCGUCGUGUUCCUGGACCUGUUUGCAGUGGGCAUGGCCAUGCCGCUCGUUACGCCGCUAAUCAAGGAGCUAGGAGCGUCCCCUUUACAGGUCGGCUUCCUCUCGUCCACAUAUGGAGCUGUGCAACUCGUUACUGGCCCAUUCUUUGGUCUGCUGAGUGACAGCAUGGGCAGGCGGGUUGUCAUUCUGGUGGCGUAUGCUGGUGCAGGGGCGAGCUACCUGCUGCUAGGGCAGAGCACCACUGUAACGAUGGUGGUGAUCUCUCGGGUGCUACUGGGCAUCACGAAGCACAGCAUGAAUGCAGUGAAGGCGUAUGUGGCGGAUCACACCACAGCCACCAACAGAGCCGUGGAGCUGGGCAGGAUGGCAACAGCAUCAGCAUUGGGCAUCAUGGUUGGCCCUGCCGUGGGUGGUAUGCUAUUUAAAGCAGGUAGUUACCCGCUCCCAACAGCAGCAGCAGCCCUUCUUUAUGCCAUUAACUCCUUCGUUAUAGUCACGAGGCUGGAAGCCCAGAAGAUUUCUGCCAACUCAGCACCAUUACAUGCCUCCAAGAGAACAAGACUUUUCUCACUGCAAGGACUCCUUCCUAACGUCGCCAUAUUGACUCGACCCCGAGUGGCAGCGCUAAUGGCAGUGCGGGCAGUUCUGGGGCUGGCGGUGCAUCUGUUCCGGCAGGGCUUCUCGCUGCUCCUCAUCUACCGCCUCAACCUCCCCGUGCACACCAACGGCCUGCUGCUCUCAUUGCAGGGUCUCCUCACAUCGCUGGUACAGGGCCUUGCUAUCCGUCCCCUGCUGCGCCGCUUUCCGGAAACGCCUCUCAUUUUCCGCGGCCUCCUGCUGCUCUCACUCACUCUCGCCCUGCUCGCUGCUGCUCCCAGCCUUCUUUUCCUGAUCCUACUACUACCUCCGCUCGCCCUCUCAACCGGUGUUCUCCGCACCACUUACACGGCCCUCCUCACCACCUCUGUCGCACAGAGUGAGGUGGGUCAGCUGCUGGGCCUAUCGGAUGCCAUCAUGUCGGCCUGUCGAGUGCUCGGUCCCUCUGCUGCUGGCCUCCUCUCCUCCCAAUUCGGCUACCACGCCCCUGUCGCUGUCAGCUCUAUCGCUGCUGCCACUGCAGCUCACUUAGGUCUCACGUUGGUUCCUGUGCGCACCUCACACUUUGCUCUUUGCUUCCCUUCCCCCCAUCUCCUCCCUGGCAGUGCUGUCAUUGCUGCCACUGCGGCCCUCCUCUUCCACAUGCGAGUGCUGCACCACCACCAGCCUGCCUCUGCUGCCAAUCCGUUGCACCUUCCCCACCUCUGUUCCACCUCCCUUUCCCUUCCUUCCCUCCAUCUGCUCCCUGGCAGUGCUGUCAUUGCUGCCACUGCAGCUCUCCUCUUCCGCCUGCUAGUGCAACGAAUUCUUUCAACCUUGCCACCUCUGUCCCUCCCCCCUUCCGUCCAUGUUCUCCCUGCCACUGCAAUCAUUGCUGCCAUUGCAGCUCUCCUCUUCCACCUGCUAGUGCUGCGCCGCCAUCAGCCUGCCUCUGCUGCCAAUCCGUUGCACCUUCCCCACCUCUGUUCCACCUCCCUUUCCCUUUCUUCCCCCCAUCUCCUCCCCGGCAGUGCUGUCAUUGCUGCCACUGCAGCUCUGCUCUUCCACCUGCUAGUGCUGCGCCGCCACCAACCUGCCUCUGCUGCUGGCAUGGGAAUCUUGUCAAAGGGUCAUUUGGCUUGA